UCGCCAGCUUGCAGUUCAUCCAGUUUCGAUAUUCUUCAUUACGGGACACAAGCUAAAACCCAAAUUUGGCGGUCCGAGGCAGUUCGACGUUCACUGAAGUUACAGGCUCGUUUGCGUAUUAAAUCUUUAUUUAUCCCCAGUUCCUGGUUGCGGGUUUCGGUGUCCUUCUCUUUUUGUUUUCGACUCCUAACCCCCUCCUCCCGGCGCCCCACAUCAUGACAUCCCACGACGUCCGUGACGUCCUCAACCUCCCUUCAGACCAUGCCGGGCCGAGGCCGUCCAAAAAGGCAAGGACUGCUGCACCACGUCCAAACCUAAAGGGCCUCGCUCGUGAAGUACAAAACCUGGGUGGCGACAACCCCAUCGCCAUAGUCCCCGAGGUCUCUAUCUUCAAAAAGCGAAGGACGGUCAGUCGCAAACCGGCCGCCAAAUGGGAACUGAAGGCCUUCACGAACUCGGCCAGAGGGGAUGAUGGCGCCCUUGUUUUGAGGCAUUGGAAGAGGAAACCGGAUGGAACUGAAGGGGGGCAAGAUGGUUCAGCUGAAGGGCAAGACAGUGCGGCGACAGCAGAGAACUCGGCCGAUAAGCCCGAGGACUCGUCAUUUGCAAAGUUCAACGUCCGGGUGUCGGUACCGCAGUACAGCGAGGAUCAAUACAACACCAACUUGAAGCAUCCCGACUGGACCAAGGAGGAAACUGACUAUCUGCUGGAGUUGGCAAAGGAUUUUGAUCUACGAUGGCCUAUCAUCUGGGACAGGUACGAGUACGCUCCUCAACAGCCCGAGGGUGAGACUCCCGACGGCAUGGCUGUGGUGCCGGCAUCCAAGCCCCGGACCAUGGAGGACUUGAAAGCGCGAUACUACGAAGUUGCUGCCAAGAUGAUGGCCGUUCAGAAGCCUGCUCAGUACAUGACCAGGCCCGAGUUUGAGCUCUAUGAGAUGAUGCUACACUUCGAUCCUAAACAGGAACAGAACCGCAAACGCUUCGCCGAAAACACCUUGAAACGAUCCAACGAUGAGGCUCGUGAGGAGGAAGCUUUGCUCCUCGAGAUUAAACGUAUCAUGGCCCGUACGGAGCGGUUCAACGAGGAGCGUCGUGAGCUGUACAACCGUCUCGACUACCCUGCAAGCGAGUCGGACAUCAACUCCUUCAAGACCUCCGCCGGCCUACAGUCUCUCCUGCAGACCCUUCUCAACGUGGACAAGUCCAAGAAGCGCAAGAGCAUCAUGGGUCCCGAGAACGGCGUCCCCCCAGCUGCUGCUGCUGCUGCUGUUGCUCCGCCCGCUGCCGCUGCCGCCGCCGCCGCCGUCGCAGCCGCACCCGAAGUGCCUCCGGCCGCUAGCCGGAGGGAAAGCCUCGCUGCCUCAUCCACUGCCGGUGCCAAUGACCAUCACGAGCCCCCCGCCCGCGAGCCUCCUGUGCGUCAUGAGCGCCAGGACUCUCGUUCUCACCACCGCAACGAAAGCCGCAGUGAACGUGCCGACCGUCACGGUCACGGCCACCACCAUCGCGACUCGGUGUCCCAAACUCCCGCCACCCCCGCCGAGCCGCCCACCCCCGCUCCUGCUCCCGCUCCGGCCGCCAACAAGAAGAAGGGCCCUCAGCAGCCCGAGCGUCGCAAGCUGUCGGAGAACGAGGAGCAGGUUUACGGCGUGUCUCACCACGACCGCUUGGGCAGCGGCCCGACGUUCCGCUACGAGAAGAUCAACAAGCUGUAUAGUCACAAGUCCGGUCAGCAGCAGAUGCGCAUCACGAACCUGCUCCUCGAGCUCGACAUCCCCGCCCGUCUUAUUAUGCCUACGGCGGCGGUGACGGCGCAGUUCGAGGUCCUCUGGGGCGCGGUCACGACGCUGGUGGAUCUGAGGAAGAUGAGCGAUAAGGUCGAUGCGGAGAUCAAGCUUGAGGAGGCCAAGAAGGCAGAGAGGGAGAAGACUGCGAGGGAAGAGGCGGAGGCGAGAGGAGAGACGGUGGAGAAGAAGGAUGGCGAGGAGGAGGGAGGAGGAGGAGGAGAAGCUGGAGGAGCAGGCGAUAAGGAGAAAGAUGUCGGUGGUGGUGGUGACGAUGCCAAGGAUAAAUCGGCUGAGUCUGCUCAGGCUGAUGAGCAGAAGAAGGAUCAGAAGGCAGAGGACGCCAAGGCGCAGAAGGAGCAACAAGGUGAAGGUCAACAACAACAAAAGAAGGAUGGAGAAGAUCCUGCGGCGACAACAAAGGAGGGUGGAGGCGAAAAGGGACAAGGAGAUGCAGCAGCGGCGACAGCGGGCGAGAAAGGAGCUGAAAGUAGCAGCAGCAAUCAGCCAAAGAUCAAGGAAGAGGCGGAUGAGAACGGUAGUAGCAGUGGAGCAGGAGCAGGUGCAGGGGCGCAACAGCACAAGCGGAGUGCCAGCGUGCUCAGCAAUGCUAGUGAUAGGAGUACGAAGAAGCAGAAGAAGUAAGCUUGUGAGUGGGCUGGCAGUCAGAGCUAGGCAGUAUCUCGGUUCCGGUGGCCUGGGGGAUGGGCGCUAUCAGGUUGAUGUCCGCUGUGUGCGGCUAGUGGUAGUGGAUGGCAUACAGAGGGUGGUUGUAUUAUUAGUUAGUUCCUUGUGAAUAGAACACUCGGGGCUUCUGCGUGUUCACGCC